AUGUCGUUCAGUCCAGGUAAUGGUACCUUCAUUAGAAGCGAUUCACCACAUACUGUACCAUCGAGUGGGCAACCGUCUUCAGAUCGCGUGUCGUUUUUAAAACUGAAAACAGUGUCAGUCUUUAAUCGACUUGAGCAUACAGCAGCAGAGAUGAACACCGAAAUGCUACAAGGCAUGGAUGAGUACGGCUUGGCAGCAAUCAUGGAAUCAGUGGGAGAUUUGAAAGAAACAUUCACCGCCGCUCACACCAGUUUGGAGGAAAUGGACUUUGAGUCUAUUGCCAGUGACCUGCCCUGCAAAUUCGAUGCUACAUUAGUGAAACUUAAGGCGAACCUGCAACGAGAGAUUGGGAGACGUAGCACAGGUCAGCACUGCUCGACAUUUAGAGCGAACACUGAUGACUCGCAGUCGAUCAUCGUGAAUGCCAAUCGUUCUCGCCUGCCUUUGCUAAUGCUACCGAAAUUUAGUGGCGCGUACACCGAGUGGAUCAACUUUUUCUCAAUGUUCACCUCCGUCAUUGACAACGAUGGCGACCUAACACAAAGCGAUAAGCUACAAUACCUGCGUUCCUGCUUGAGUGGUGCUGCUUUGGAUACUAUCCAAUCUCUGGAGAUAAAUGAAACUAAUUAUAAAAAUGCAUUAGAUUUACUCAAAAAACGUUUUGAUAACAAGCGAAUUAUAUUUCAGGCACACAUCAGACAAAUCUUUGGGCUGGACAGGGCAGAUGCAUCCGCAAGCAAGUUGCGGGAGUUGACGGACAAGGUUACAUCACACAUACGCGCGUUGCAGUCGCUUGGAUCACAAGAACAAAUCGCUGACUGCAUCAUAGUUGAACUACUAAUCCAGAAGUUGGACAAGGCUACUCAAUCCAAGUGGGAAGAAAAUUCAUCUAGCAACGAACUCCCGUCGUGGGAUCAGUUAGCUGCAUUUUCGGAAAAGCGGUGUCGUACCCUCGAAAAUGUGGAGCAUGCCAUACAAACCCAAACGGAUCAAGUUGAAAGAAACGGUAAAACUGUAAGUACAAAUAUAAGAAAAUCAUUUGUCGUUUCGAAUGCCUCAGUAGGUGGUUGCGCGUUUUGUCGGUGCCCUGAUCAUAGAAUUUACCACUGUCAGCGAUUUUCCACUCUUUCUCCAAACCUUCGCCAAAAAAAAGCCAAGAAGCUCUCACUUUGCCUUAAUUGUCUAAAGGGUGGUCAUCAGAUGAGAGAUUGCAAAUCUGGAUCCUGUAGAGCUUGUCAACUGAAACACCAUACGCUUUUGCAUUUUGACCGCACAUCUUCUGCUUCAACUUCUAUAUCAGGCUCAGUCACGCAACCACCCACGUUGCAAUCAAACACCAUAGCUGCAACAUCAUCUGUCCCUGGCCAUGCCCUCACUUCGAGAUCUCCAUCUGAUGCUGUGCUUCUAGCCACUGCAGUCAUUUUUGUCAAAAAUCGUGCUGGUACCUUCGUGCCAUGUCGGGCGCUUUUGGAUUCGGGUUCCCAGCAUCACUUUAUUACAAAUCGUUUUACUAAUCAAUUACAACUUCGUAGGACCAAAUAUUCGGCGGCAGUUUCGGGCAUCGGGGAUGCCAACCUGUCAACUGAAGGCUAUUCGGUCAAUGUCGUACUGAAGUCGCGGACUUCAGAUUUCUCAACGCACAUCACUUCCGUCGUUGUUCAAACAAUCACUGACAAUCAGCCUGGUUUUUCAGUGAGCAUCGCGGACUGGAACGUCCCUUCGAACAUCCAACUAGCUGAUCCCAAUUUCAACAUACCUCAGCGUAUUGACUUGCUUAUCGGAGCAGGACUAUUUUUCGAACUUCUCUGCGUUGGGCAGAUACAGUUGGCGCCCGGAUUUCCAGUUCUUCAAAAAACUCUUCUCGGUUGGGUGAUAUCAGGUGGUGGUCAACAGACUUCUAAGCUUUCGUCAUUUGUGGCCAAUCAAAGGUCUUCGAGAGACAUCGACUCUGAUACCCGACUAGACGAUUUGGUACGUCGCUUCUGGGAAGUAGAUUACAUUUUUGAGCCAAUCACUAAAACAACAAGGGAGGAGCUCGACUGCGAGGCGCAUUUUCAGCAAAAUGUUUCGCGUUUACCUUCAGGCGAGUACUCGGUUCGCUUACCUUGGAAACUCGGCACAGAAUAA